UAAUAAAAAAAUUGCAUUGUGUCGUUAGCUGCCGCAUAUAAAUGAAGGGAAAGGUUCCAAAGCUUACCAAAUCAGCCUUAUCUGUCCAGAUGGAGACAUUUACGUUAAACAAAAAGUACAAUAGCCGGAUCACAGCCAAAGAUACUUUUUAGUGCAAGAAUAGACAAAUGAGACAAGAGUUGGGGAGGGUUGUUACAAAACUUAGUCCUAUCAUCACAAUCAAGAUUUGAAUAAGUCAACUAAGGUCUCAUUUGAGACGACUUUCUUAUUGCUUUUUAAAGUAGCUUUUUAGCAUAAAAAUUUUAAGGCUUCGAUUGGAAUGGCUUUUUAGAAAGCUGCUUCAAGAAGCAGAAAAAAAGCCAUCUCAAACGAAGCCUAAUUUUUGUACUAAAAAGCUGCUUUAUGAAGCAACAAAAAAGCCGACUCAAACGAAGCCUAAGUCUAAGAAUAACAAGUUAUUUUGGGUCAGAUUUACGGAGUCUUCUUCUUUGAAUAAGGAUCAAAAGCCAAUUUAGAUUCCACCUGUUCAUUCCAGACAACGUAUCCCUCCUUAGAAAUCAUUGGAAUCAUCUUUCAUCUCGGCCCUUCAUUUAUAACAAACUCUGUAUUUCAAAGCAGAAUCCAUAUAAAUGUCCAUACAUACAGAACUCUGUCGAACAAUGGUGUGAUAGUAUAAUAUGCUCUUCCUUUUCUUCUUCUCCUCUUUCUUAGUCCUCCUCUGCUUCUUGUUAUCUGGUUUUGAUUUCGUUAUAAAAGAGGGAUAUAAAGAUUUAGAUCAUUAGAAUAACAACAAAUAGAGAACUGAAGUAGAGAUUGACAAGUUUUAUCUAUUAACAGUGAGGGAAAAACUGAUGGGCAUGAUGAAGAGUAGAAAUGGUGAUUCCCCAACCGAGGAGGAGGCAGUAAGACAUGGUCUCCAAAAUUUACUUGUUCCAACAACCAGGAACUCAAUCUCAACAAAUGCAGAAGGAAACAACAGCGAAAUAAAGCAGGAUGUGAAAGAUGGCAAGAAAGAGGACCAGGAGACUAAAGUUGUUCCAAUCUAUAAGCUGUUCUCCUUCGCAGAUUCAACUGAUAUCAUUCUGAUGACUCUGGGCGUGGCAGGAGCACUGGCAAAUGGAGCUACUAUGCCUCUUCUUACAGUCAUCAUAGCAAGUUUAAUCAACACUUUUGGAGAAAAACCAGAUAUCGAUCAACUGGUUCACAGAAUUUCUGAGGUAUGUCUGAAUAUAGUCUACCUGGCAAUUGGUGCAGGGUUCACAUCAUUUUUCCAGGUGACCUGCUGGAUGGUCACCGGGGAACGACAGUCAGCUAGAAUAAGGAAACUGUACUUGAGAGCACUAUUAAAGCAAGAAAUUGCAUUCUUUGACAAGGAAGGAAACACAGGUGAAAUUGUAGGAAGGAUGUCAGGGGAUACCAUCCUCAUUCAAGAGGCCAUGGGCGAAAAGGUUGGAAAGUUCAUUGGGCAAACAUCUACAUUCUUCACGGGCUUUGUCGUUGCAUUUGCGCAAGGGUGGCAGCUCACCCUAGUCAUGAUAUCCACUAUUCCCAUAAUUGGACUUUGCAGUGUAAUCAUAUCGAAAGUUACAAUUAAGAUGGCUUCACGUGGACAAAAAACCAAUAUAGAAACAUCUACAAUUGUACAGCAAACGAUAAGCUCAAUAAGAACUGUAGCUUCUUUUACUGGGGAAAAUCUAUCAGUGAAAGAUUUUAAGAAGGCUCUAAAAAAUGCCUACAAAUCCAGCAUUAAUGAGGGAUUUGUUGUUGGAAUCGGCUCUGGUAUUCUUACUUUUUUAUCCUACUGUGCACUUUCUUUGGGCUUUUGGUAUGGAGCAAAACUGAUACUGCAAGGAGGCUACAAUGGUGGAAAAGUUAUUUCCAUUAUAUUAUCGGUCUUGUAUGGUUCCUCCUCAUUGGCUCAUAUAUCCCCGUGCAUGGCAGCAUUUGCUGCAGGACAAGCUGCGGCUUAUAAGAUGUUUGAGACUAUCAAUAGAAAGCCAGAGAUUGACGCUACUGACCCAACAGGAAAAACAUUGGAUGUUAUCCUCGGGAGCAUAGAGUUUAAAGAUGUUCAUUUUAGCUAUCCUUCCAGACCAGAACAGAAAAUAUUCACUGGAUUAUCACUUUUCAUUCAGCACGGCACAACAGUAGCAUUGGUUGGAGGGAGUGGAAGCGGGAAAUCAACAGUGAUCAGCCUAAUAGAACGGUUUUAUGAUCCACAAGAUGGUGUGGUUCUCAUUGAUGGCAUAAAUAUUAAACAAUUCCAACUAAGAUGGCUCAGAGAGAAAAUUGGAUUGGUUAGCCAGGAGCCUAUCCUCUUUGGCUCAACCAUAGGAGAUAAUAUCACCUAUGGCAAAAACAAUGCAACAAUUGAAGAGAUCAAAGCUGCAACUGAACUAGCUAAUGCUUCAAAAUUCAUCAAUAUGAUGCCUCAGGGACUGGAUACCAUGGUUGGAGAGCAAGGUACUCAACUAUCAGGAGGUCAAAAGCAAAGGAUCUCCAUUGCUCGAGCUAUCUUGAAAGACCCAAGAAUAUUACUUCUAGAUGAAGCCACAAGUGCACUAGAUGUAGAAUCAGAGCAAGUUGUGCAAGAGGCAUUAGAUAGAGUCAUGAUAAAUCACACCACUGUUAUAAUUGCUCAUCGCCUUAGCACUGUAAGAAAUGCAGAUACCAUUGCUGUUAUGCACCAAGGUUCAAUUAUCGAAAAAGGUUCUCACAUAGAGCUACAAAAGAACCCAAUGGGAGCUUACAGUCAACUCAUUCAGUUGCAAGAAUUACAAGAAAUGGACCAAAGUUUGAAUCAAUCAUCACACGCUCAUCAGGUAGAAGCUAUUCUACCAGCCAUAGAAGCAUCAUCUUUGAGCCGAAAUAGUUCGCUGGAACGAUCCAUUAGAAGGGGAUCAUCUUUGAGGUACGUGAGUGGCCGCAUAAUCUGUGAGGAGUCUGUUUUGCCUGUCGCAGUCAACUGCCAUGAGAGUCCAUCGGGGGAACCAAAAGCUGAUUUUCCAUCCAAAAAGUAUAAAUCAGUAUCCAUACGCCGCCUAGCAUAUCUUAACAAGCCAGAGGCCCUGAUUUUGUUUCUUGGUUCAGUAGCGGCAUUUUUCAAUGGGGUUAUUUACCCGGCUUAUGCAAUACUAAUAUCUACUAUGGUAAGGACCUUGUACGAGCCACGACAUAAGCUUGAGACAGAUUCUAUAUUUUGGUCAUCUAUGUACUUGGUAUUUGGUACAGUUGGUCUGUUGGCAAUUCCAAUAAGAUCGUACUUGUUUGCGAUUGCUGGGGCAAAGUUGAUUAGAAGGAUUAGAUUGAUGACGUUUCAGAAGGUGGUCAACAUGGAGAUAGCAUGGUUUGAUCAAAUUGAAAACUCCAGCGGGACAAUAAGUGCAAGACUUUCAACAGAUGCCGCUACUUUAAGAAGCCUUGUUGGUGAUGCACUAGCACUACUUGUUCAGAAUAUUUCCACCUUAGUUUGUAGCUUGGUAGUUGCCUUCGUCGCAACUUGGCAACUCUCACUUCUUAUCUUGCCAUUAGUGCCCAUAAUAUAUCUCAAUGGAAUUGUUCGAAUGAAGUAUAACACAGGAUUCAGUGCUAGUGCAGAGAAGAAGUAUCAGGAAGCAAGUCAAGUAGCAAAUGAUGCAUUGGGAAGCAUGAGAACGAUUGCUUCAUUCUCAGCUGAAGAGAAGGUAAUGGAGCUGUAUAAGAAAAAAUGUCAAGGUCCCGUUAAAGAAGGAAUCAGAAAAGGAGUACUUAGCGGAAUUGCGUGUGGGAUUUCCUACCUAUUAGUGUUUUGUGUUUAUGCCGCCAUCUUUUAUGCUGGAUCUCGCCUAGUUGGUCAUGAUAACAUAACGUUUGACAAAAUAUUUCAGGCAUUUGCAGCCAUAAUCGUGGCAGCCCUUGAAAUUUCUCAGUCAAGCUCUAAUGUACCUGAUUCCAGCAAAGCUAAACUAGUCACGGAUUCUCUUUUUUCAAUUCUUGAUCGUAAAUCUCAAAUAGAUCCAAGCGAUGAAACUGGGAUGACCUUAAAUAAGAUUGAGGGAAAUAUUGAGUUUUGCCAUGUUAGUUUCAAGUAUCCCUCAAGACCCAAUGUCCAAAUUUUUCAAGAUAUUUGCUUUGCCAUUGCAUCUGGAAAGACUAUUGCAUUUACAGGGGAGAGUGGAAGUGGAAAAUCGACAGUAAUAUCACUACUACAAAGGUUUUAUGAUCCUGAUUCAGGACAUAUACUCUUGGAUGGCGUAGAGCUACGAAAGUUCCAGUUGAAUUGGUUGAGGAAACAAAUGGGAUUAGUGAGUCAAGAACCUAUAUUGUUUAAUAACACUAUCCGCUCCAACAUUGCCUACGGAAAAGAAGAUACGGUCAGCGAGGUUGAGAUUGUAGCUGCUGCUGAGUUAGCGAAUGCCCACAAUUUCAUAUCAAGUUUAAAUCAGGGAUAUGAAACAAUAGUGGGCGAACGAGGCAUCCAACUAUCUGGUGGACAAAAACAAAGGGUGGCAAUCGCAAGAGCCAUAGUGAAGAAGCCUAAGAUUCUGCUCCUAGAUGAGGCAACUAGUGCCUUAGAUUCAGCAUCAGAACGAAUCGUCCAAACUGCAUUAGAGAAAGUGAUGGUUAAUAGAACCACAAUUGUUAUUGCCCAUCGACUCAGUACAAUCAAAAGUGCAGAUCUCAUUGCAGUGAUAAAAAAUGGGUUGAUUGUAGAAAAAGGUAAACAUGAUGCCCUUAUCAACAUCAAGGAUGGAGUGUAUGCAUCCUUAGUAACACUUCACUCGAAUAUCACUUCAUAGUUGUCCCCUCUUGAUGGGUUCUUGAUAUACUAGUUUUAAUAAAGUUCAAAAAACUAGUUUUGCACAUUUCUAUGUUUUUUCCUUAUUAGUUGAAGAAAUUUAAUACAGAAACAUUAUUAUCUUGUCCAAAAUUGUCAAAAUUGAUAGGUUUUUAGUUCAAGAUGGUCUAUAAUUUUUAUUUUUUGUCAAUUUUAAUUUACCAUACAAAAACAGCAAAACAACCUUUAAACCAAAACUUGACUGAAACCACCAAAACUCGAUGAAAGUCACAAAAAUUCAGCUAAAAACUCAUUAAAAAAAUAUUGCAUGAUAAUUUUAAAGUUUAUCAAACUAUUAAAUUAUGGUAAAAUAGCAUUUAAAAAAAAAAUGGUAAAAUAGCAUUUCAAACAUUUUAAAAAUUAAAAAAUAAAAAAAGAGACUGAACAUCGAGACAGAUGAAAGCAAAACUCCACCGAUGAGCGUGAAGCCAAAACCAAGAUGAAAACCUUGGUCAUAUGAAUCAAUAGUGCUCUACUGAUGAUUUGGCUCUUCCCGAUAUGAAUUUUUAUAGUACUUGAGA